AGGCCAUCUAGGAUACUUUCGAGGUUGUUACACGUCAUUUUUCCUUAAAAUGUUUGUGUUUGUUCCAGUCAUUAUUUCUCUACUCUUUUGUUCCUCUGAAGCUAAGCCAGGUCGCGUAUUACUUAAGAAUGUAGAUGUUAUUACCUUGUACCAUGAUAAGUUUGCAGAGUCCAGAAAAGGUUAUCGACUCCCUCAGUUGAAAUGUGUUGGUGGAAGUGGAUUUAAAUAUCCAGAGUACUACCCUAAAGUUGUUCAGUGUUAUAAUCGGGGUUUUGAUGGCCGUGAUGUCCAAUGGGAAUGUAAAGCAGAACUUGAUAAAGAAGUAACUUUUGGACCUAUCAAUGUUAAUUGCGAAGGAUAUGACUAUCCAGAAGACGAUUAUAUUGUCCAUGGUUCGUGUGCUUUGGAAUACGAGCUAAAUGUGAGGCAUCAUAAAAAAGAGAAGAGAUAUCACGCUUCAUUCGAUAGCCCUUAUGUCGGUGUCCGUCAUUACUCCAGCUACUUUAUUAUUGGUGUAUUAAUUCUAACGGCUGCUGGCAUUUGGUAUUUUUGUAUUAGAUCGCCUGGAUAUCCAUAUGAAUGUGUAUCACACCCGGAUGCACCUUUUCCAUCAGAACCUCCUCCAUCGUAUGAAGAAACAGUACUCAAUAAUGGUGAGGAUUAUUCAAGGAGACGUCGUCCACCUCCAUCUGCGCCUCGUGAAUAUGGUUGGUCAUCCAAUGUUACCGGCUCAUCAAGAUGUCCAGGAUUUAAUACACACUGGAGUAAAACAAAUCAUCAACAGGAGAGUAGUUCAUGGUUAUAUAAUGGUCUAGCUGCUGGUGCAGGAUUUCUAGGUGGUUAUUUUAUGGGAUCUAGAACAAAUGAUGGUGGUAGUUGUUCCCGACCCACUCGAGUUUGCACUCAAGAAUCGUAUGUUCGAAAUGGAAAUGUCUUUACAGAUUCACAUUACGGUUUUACAUCUGAUGACUCUGGGCAUUAUCGUCGUUCACGUACACCAUCGCCUGAAACACACAUAUCAUCAGGCUUCGGUGGGACUUCGCGUAGAUAACUCUUUUGAUUUGAAUAUAUUUCACCUGUUUCUAUGGUAUCAUACACUCAGUAUACACAUCCACAUUUUCACCGAUUCUGUUACCACCAGAUAGAAGUUAACCAUAUUUCGUUUAACUUUUAUUUUUCUCUGCAUAAUUAUCUUGUUUUCAGUAAAAUGGGCAUUUCUUUAUGAAUUAUAAUUCUUAUCACAUUUAGAGUUGAUAUAUAUAUAUUCUAUGUAUAUAAAUGUUCUUAUAUUUUGACCGUUUGUGAUGUGAUAUUGCCAUUCUCUCUCCGUUUAAUUUGAAAUAAAAAAUACUGCAGCAACACUAAA